AUGAAGGAUCCCUCACAGUCUAAUAACAGCUCUGGCAACGCCGGCAGCUCCAGACACGCGUCAAUUGUUGAAAUGCUAUCGACGCCGCCCGCAAUCCCGCAGCAGCCCUCCGGCAACUGGGAGCUGGAUUCGAUCUCGCUCUCCAGAAACCCUAGCACUACGUCGCUCGACUCGCAAAUGAGCUCAACUACGUCGUGCCUUACCAAAGUGCAUUCUCAGAAGUGGCAAUUUAUCCAGCUCUCGCAGUUGAUAGAGCAAAACAAGCUUGUUACCGUACAAGCGUCAGUGUCAGUUGAAGAAGCGUUCAACACGCUUGUGCGCUACAAUCUGACGUCGCUGCCGGUGGAGCAACACCCGGGCGAUAUGAACUGCUACACGUUCGACUACAAUGACCUCAAUUCGUAUCUGCUGCUGGUGCUGAACAAGAUCCAGGUCAACAACCCACAAGUCGCGCGCGAUUGUCAGAUGGGGAAACCCGUGCCGGUUGGCGAGAUCGUCAAACUUACACCUAAAAACCAGUUCUACAAGCUUCCUGAGACUGAAAACCUCAGCACCGUGAUGGGAAUCCUCGGCUCAGGCGUCCACCGUGUUGCCAUCACGGACGCGGAGGUAACGCAAAUAAAGGGGGUGCUGUCCCAAAGACGUCUGAUCAAAUACCUGUGGGACAAUGCGCGCCAAUUCAGCAGCCUGGACUCAUUACUGAAUAGCAGUCUGAAACAGCUGGGUAUCGGUGUCCUGAACACCCACACGGCCCCCACCAGCAGGCAAUCGCGGGUGAUCUCCAUCCAGGAUGAUGAGCCCCUGAUCAUGGCACUCUAUAAGAUGCACAUCGAACGUAUCUCCUCCAUAGCAGUGGUCGAUCACCAGGGUAAUCUCCUUGGGAACAUCAGCGUAACAGACGUCAGGCACGUGACCAGAACCUCUCAGUAUCCCCUACUUCAUAAUACAUGUCGUCACUUUAUUUCCGUGAUUCUGAACACCCGUGGCCUCGAAAUGGGCAAGGAUUCUUUCCCCAUUUUCCAUGUAUACCCUACCAGUUCUCUUGCUCGCACACUUGCCAAGUUGGUGGCCACAAAGGCUCACAGACUCUGGAUAGUACAGCCUGAAACUACUACCACUUCAGCCUCUUCCUCAGCUGCCCCAUCUUCACCCCAAUCUGUAGCAAUGAACACUCCUAGCAGUAGCAGUGAUCUGGAUGUUCCAGGAAGAUCAAGUUCUCCACUAAGUGUCAAGAGUAAUGAAGAUCACUCUGUGACUGCAAGCACGCCUUUGUUUGAAAAGGAGUACCGUACUGGUAAGUUGAUUGGUGUGGUCUCUUUAACAGAUAUUUUGGGUUUACUAGCAAGAAAACAAACUGAGCACAAGCAAGUGGAUCCUCAAUCUGCCAGAAGGCAAAGAGGUAGUGUUGUUGCUUGA